UCUGGCGGCUUUGCAAUUAGGACGAGCCAAGCGCGUAAAAGCAAGCCAAAGGGGCUCCCGCUUCCCUUGCAAAAGCCUCGCCAACAAGCCGUGCGCUACCGGCGCCCCGCUUUCCGCUGCCUCGUUUGUCGUCGCUCCCCAGGUCCGUGUUCUAGCAAGCCGCUGCAUCCGGCAGCAGCCCCGAUCGCUCGGAAAGCUGGCUCCCUGCGCCAUGGUCACCCACAGCAAGUUCCCCAGCGCCGGGAUGAGCCACCCGCUGGACACCAGCCUGCGCCUCAAGACUUUCAGCUCCAAGAACGAAUACCAGCUGGUGGUGAACGCUGUGCGCAAGCUGCAGGAGAGCGGCUUCUACUGGAGCGCGGUGACAGGUGGGCAGGCCAACCUGCUGCUAAGUGCUGAGCCCACCGGCACCUUCCUCAUCCGAGACAGCUCGGACCAGCGGCACUUCUUCACCCUCAGCGUCAAGACCGAGUCGGGCACCAAAAACCUGCGGAUCCAGUGCGAGGGGGGCACCUUCUCCCUCCAGAGCGACCCUCACAGCAGCCAGCCCGUGCCUCGCUUUGACUGCGUCCUGAAGCUGGUCCAUCACUACAUGCCUCUCCCCGAGCAGCAGCCAGGGCAGGCGCCACACCCCAAACGUGCCUACUACAUCUACUCAGGUGGGGAGAAGAUCCCGCUGGUGCUGAGCCGCCCUCUCUCGUCCAAUGUGUCCACCCUGCAGCAUUUGUGCCGCAAGACGGUCAACGGGCACUUGGAUUCGUACGAGAAGAUGACCCAGCUCCCAGGUCCCAUCAAAGAAUUCCUGGACCAAUAUGACGCUCCCUUCUAAGUGGCUUCUUCAGUGGGGGUGGCCCACCACACAAGCACAAGGACAGGACUUGGAAAAUGAUGGCUAAGGAGAUUACAGGGAGAGACAAAAGACUUCCCACCCACCCCCCAUUCUGGCUUGUGGAAUAAGAGGGGCUGGGGGUAUGGAGCAGGCAAGGAGCCUCUGCCAACACAAAGACGGUCUUGCUGUUGUUUGUUCUGGAUGGUUUGCCCAUGGAUGGGGUACGCUGUGCAAGAGACCGAUGAUGGUGCUUGACUAUGGAACAGGCUGCUGCUCCUUCAUACAAUUGUCCUUCCCAGCUACAGCCCAGUAAAUACUGCGUUUAUCUGGCUUGUGCUGGGCAUAUCAGAAUGGUUUGCAAACCUCCCUAACCCAUGGACAGUUUACAAAGAGCAUUUGCUCUGCACUGGCCCAGACCACCUCUAAUAACCUUUGACCAAAACCAUUCUGCAGAGACAAUGAAACUAAUGCACUGGAAUCCAGCUAGUGCCUGAAGACCGACUUUUCCUCAGUUUUAAGGGGAAACCUUUUUUUAUAUUGUUAUUCAUCUUUACCUCUCUCGACCUCCUGGAGGGGCAGAAUAUCUUUUCAUCCAAAGCCUCUUCCUCAGAGGAACUGCCGCACAUCCAUACAGGGGACUAAGCCUUAAAACAAACUCCACAUCCUCUGAUCCCAUGGACCUGGGUUGUUACUGCACAUUGCAUGGGGGAAUGCCAUAUACUCUCUCUGUAAGCAAUGGAGGACAUCAUUCUACAAAAUUGGCACCACUGCUUUUAGAAAACCUAAAUGGAUAAUGAAUGAUCUAGCAUUUCCCCCUCAAGCGUUAUUCAACUUUGGCUCCUGUGCCCAGACUGAUAAUCUCUUGCCUUUAUUCUUGGGUUUUCAGCUCAUCAAAGAAUGGUCUUGUAUCUACACAGAGGUUGUGGAUUUGCUUGGGCCCUAAAUCGCACUGAAUAACCGAAAAACAUACAGGAAUGUAGCAACAACAGAAUUACCUGGAACUCUUAUUAUUUUUUUGUAAAAAAGAAAAAAAACCAAAAAAACUGUAACCAAAAUUUUGUGUGUUCAUCUUAUUUUUCCAUAUCAGGGUUUUAGAAGGGCAGAUGAGGUUUUGUUUUUACAGAAAGAAAUGUUUACAGACCUGCCUUAAAAAAAUAACAUUCUGUCUUUUAUAAAGAUUCCACCCUUCAGCCUUGCAGGCUGUUAGACAUGCUUGAAGACUCAACCAAAAAAAUCAAACUUGGAAGAAAACUUUGCACAUCUAUUUAUAUUUAUACUCAAUGGAUUUUAAAAAUGACAUUCAUUAAUUUAUAAUAAAAGGCACUAUUUUUUAAAUGAAAUGCUUGACUAUCUUCUCUUUCUUCCACUCUACCCUACUCCCAAACAUUCAAAAGAUGCAUGCAUCCUGGACAUGGCUUCUGCCAUCCUCUUAACAGCAUUAGAAGAAAAGUUGAGGAGAUACCAUAAUCUCUGCUAUAGUCCUGCACUGCUAGAAAGUGCAGGCAGCUACAUUGCAGCGUCCUUGUGUAAAACAAGGGAACUCUUCAUGCUGAUGUUGCCAGGCAGGGUCCCAGUUAUUGUCAGGAAAGGUAUCAUCCCUUUGUAACCACUAAUUACUGAGUACUGGGGCAGUUAUGUUGCAGGAAGCAUGCAAAAUGCACUUUGGGAAUGGCUGUCCACAAUUUUCUGCUUGGGAAGGGAGGUUCCCUCAUAGAUGUGGUUAAUUCUAAAGCACAGUAUUGGGAGCACAAGGGGCAGAACUAUUUAUGAUGGCAGCACAGCUUUGUCUUCAAGCACACACAACUAUGAAACAGCAGUAAAGCAGUGUUGUUUUGUGACUGAAGCCAAGGUUCUGCUGCUGUUGCAUGUAGUGCUAUUCUUUGUGCUCCUGGUGCAACACUUUGAAGCAAGGCCAGAAGAUCUACCAUCUACUAGACGAUAGGGUGGCACGUGAGGGAUUUUAGCUCAGAGACAGAGAACACUGGUUCAAUCCCUGGUGGCUCCAGUGUUAGAGCGUCCCAGGUUCAAUGCCUGGUGGUGAUAUACAAGAUCAUCCGCCUAGAGCCUUUCAGGCAAAAUGGACCAGUGAUCUGAUGUGAUUGGAUCAAGGCAGCUUGCUGUUUGGAGCAAGUUACCAGCAGAGAUCAGGCAGUCUGAAAGCACUGAGCCCAAUCACUGGCUGCUAUUUCCCUAUUCCUGCAGCCAUUCACCCAUCCCUACCCUGGCCCAGGUGGAAUGAGACUAGAAAGAAGUUCAUGGGAGGACAUAUGAGAAGGUGUUGCAGUGUGAAAGGCGUGGCCAGGCAAAGGAUACAGCACCCCAACUUGCCUGUCUACUGUGUCAUUUAAGGUAAAGCGCCAAAAGCAAACACACCCAUGCUUCCCAGAAGUAAGCACAUAAAAAAAAUACAUUCCUUUGGGUGUAUAAACUUUCAGCGGAGCUGAGGGAAAUCUAGCUCUAGUUCCUGGUGUCUUAUGGCUGGACCAUUGGGAGGUGUGAUAAGAUAGCUUGUUUAGCUUGGGGAGCUUUUCAAGGGCAGUGGAAAGUUCUGCGAAGAACCUACGUGCUGGCUGCCUGUCAGCUCCCUUGCUGUGUUUGCAAAAGGCUGCUGCUUUAUCAUUCUGGGAUUUGUUAAAAGAAAUGGGAGUGGAAGAGGCCGUCCUCUGAUGAGUCCAGCAGAAGUCCUGGCCUUUUCCCACUUGUGCAUUUAGGUGUGUAUGAUAUGCUAUGUUUGUGCAUGCAGCCGCCUUAAUACAAGCAAUAACCUUCUCUGUGGAUUCCACAAUGGGAUUAAUCCCAAGGGAGAAGCCCGAUCUCCCAUUUCAUCAACAAAUGACAAAGAAGCAGCCUUCUGUAAGCACAGUGUAGAGGUAAAACCCAUAGAAACUACUUUACAUGAAACUGAAUCAGGCAUGGUUGCUGGGUGUUUCUUGCCCACACCCCACCAAGUUGUAAUCUUCCCCACCUUCUCUGCAUUGCUCUCUGUAACUCUGCAUUCUAUUUUGUUCCUGUUACCUCUUUUAUUAGACAGGUGCCACUUUCAAAGUUCAUUUUCUCUGGUUUUGCCAGCCUGUCCUUUCAUCACAAUUUACUUUCUUCCUUUAAAAGCUCAUGAUGAUACAUUUAAAUGCACACCCAAACCAUUUAUUUUCUUCCCUAAUCUAUUUGUGCAUUCCAGCCACAGGAACAGUAGGGCAGCUCACAAUUUGGCUAAUGCAGAAAGCAAUCCAUUCCUAUCCUGCCCAUAAUAGUGAAUAUCCCUGCUUGUUAUGGCAUUUACCCACCCACCCCUUUACUACUACUACCGCCAUCACCACUCAGGUAAACAUGUGGAGGUUUGAUUUCAUUUUGAUUCGAUUAUUUUAUUUCUAUACCACUGAAUAUCUCUAAGCAGUAUUCAAGUGAGUAGCAACAACAGACAAAUACUCAGCUCACCCACAAAGGCCUCACAUCAAGAAGAGUUCCUGCAAACAGCAGACUUCACUCUAGUCCAGGCAUCCCCAAACUGCGGCCCUCCAGAUGUUUUGGCCUACAACUCCCAUGAUCCCUAGCUAAGAGGACCAGUGGUCAGGGAUGAUGGGAAUUGUAGUCCAAAACAUCUGGAGGGCCGAAGUUUGGGGGUGCCUGCUCUUGCCUCUCACUCUAGACUUGCUUUUUAUGGGCAGGCCCAAGGUAGAUGGUACUUCCUCAGGCUGUCCAAGGCUGUGUCCCAUUCAGCUGCACUAUCCACACCCUGUUCCAGGUACAGAAGUUUGCUGAGUUUCCCAGGUGGUCCAGAGGAUGGGAAAAAGAC